CGCUCCAUCUUUAAUCCCUUUUUCUUCUCGUUGGGUGUAAAAGUACAAGAAGAACCGGAGAGGAGGGACGCCGCCGUCUCCUCUUCUCUCGCCUCCAAACACAAACCGACUCCAGGUUUUUUUUUUCUCUUGUUUUGGUCCUCACCCAAACGCAACCAUAAGGUUCCUACCGCAUCCUCCGCCUCCUUCUUCCCUCUCCUUACACUCGAGUAUAUCCCGCUUUUUCGGUUUGAUUUGGUCCCGCAAAUUUUCAAAUAUUUACUUCCUGUACAUCAAGAGGAAAGGGGGUCCCCCUUUCAUGGAAUGCGGAAACAUGGGUCUGUUCGACCGCGGAGUCCAGAUGCUGCUGACCACGGUGGGCGCCUUCGCGGCCUUCAGCCUCAUGACCAUCGCGGUCGGCACGGACUACUGGCUGUACUCGCGCGGCGUCUGCAAGACCAAGUCCAUGAGCGAGAACGAGACCAGCAAGAAGAACGAGGAGGUGAUGACCCACUCGGGCCUGUGGAGGACGUGCUGCUUGGAAGGAAACUUCAAGGGGAUGUGUAAACAGAUAGACCACUUUCCAGAAGAAACAGAUUACGAAGCAGACCCAUCGGAGUACUUCUUACGUGCGGUGCGAGCCUCCAGCAUCUUCCCCAUCCUCAGCGUCAUCCUGCUCUUCAUGGGAGGCCUGUGCAUAGCUGCCAGCGAGUUCUACAAGUCACGCCACAACAUCAUCCUCAGUGCAGGGAUCUUCUUCGUGUCUGCAGGCCUGAGCAACAUCAUCGGGAUCAUCGUGUACAUAUCAGCCAACGCGGGGGACCCUUCCAAAAGCGACUCCAAGAAGAACAGCUACUCCUACGGCUGGUCCUUCUACUUCGGCGCGCUCUCCUUCAUCAUGGCCGAGAUGGUGGGCGUGCUGGCCGUGCACAUGUUCAUCGACCGCCACCGGCAGCUGCGGAUAGGCGCGCGCGCGGCCGACUACCUCCAGGGCUCGGCCAUCACGCGGAUCCCCAGCUACCGCUACCGCUACCGGCGCCGCUCGCGCUCCUCCUCCCGCUCCACGGACCCGUCGCACUCCCGCGACGCCUCGCCGGUGGGGCUCAAGGGCUUCAGCGCGCUGCCGUCCACGGAAAUCUCCAUGUACACGCUGCCCAGGGACACCCUCAAGUCCUCCGGCACGCCCACCGCCACCUACAACUCGGAGAGGGACCACAACUUCCUGCAAGUCCACAACUGCAUCCAGAAGGACCUGAAAGACUCGAGCCACACCAACACAGCCAACCGCCGCACCACGCCGGUAUGAGGGCGUCCACGCCGGCCGCGGCGGGCCCGGCGGACACCAGGAGACACGGGGACCCCUGUGGGCGCGGAG